GCGCCCUCUAUUGUCGAUGUAAGGACAUGCAUGCAGUAAAUACACAUGUGCCCUGCAGUGGGAGUCGGUGUACGUGUACAAUGUAUGUACAUGUACAUGUACGUACAUGAUUGAUACAUCACUACAUCAUAUUGGGCAAGAAAACCAGCAAAGCUGCGCUCCUCUUUGAAUGGCGACCAGUAUGGACCAAGCUUUGGGCAUGGGCCUUGUGGCAUUUGCUGGGGCAAUAUUCUCAUACUACACAAUUUGGGUCAUAUUCAUGCCAUUUGUUGAUGACGACCACUUCCUACAGCAGUUCUUUCUACCCCGAUUCUACGCAAUCGCACUGCCCGUCGUGGCUGGCUUGAUCUUCCUUACAUUUAUUGGUGUCUUUGUAACGGCAGUCACGCUAGCGAAGAAGAAGAAAAGCAAAUGAUGGACAAACAGCUCUACUCGUCUUAUUUUGUACAAAUGAAUGUAAAUCUGUUUUAUAUUUUGUUUAAUUCUCUGGGUUUAAACUUUAUGAAAUAAUAAAAAAAGGGCAAGGAUUUAGGCUUGGAAACAAACUGAAGGAAAAAGACCCACAAAACUGUUUGUUCUGGUUGCACAGAAGUGCAGGCAGGACGGUAAAAAUCUAAUUGCAUUCUGCCCUGAAAAAAGCUUGUGUGUUGUUCAGACAUGUUUCAAGUCUUCAAGUAAUAAAAGUAUAUAUUUAUGCAUUGUUUUAUAGAAAUGAAUAAAGACAUAAAAAUAACUUAUUACUGAUUGAAAAAGAAUUUCUCUGGGUUUUUUUUUUUUAGAACUACACAUUAUGGUUUUCAGAACAGAAAGUGUGAAGAAAUUGUAAAAUCAGUUCUAUAAAACGAGAUCCAUGUUAGUCAAGCAAAAAUGCAGAAAGUACUGUACGGUAUGGUUACAAUAAAUUGAUGCUUACCCUUGUGAAAAAAA